GCAAUUGUGCGUGAAGGAGAGACGCGGAGAUUGAGAUUGAGACUGAGCCCGAGUGCGAGUGAGAGAGGAGGGAGUGAGGGCGAGGGAGACAGCAAAACAACAGCAGUUCCGGCUGGAGGAGCAAGACGGUGCCAGGAGGCCUGGAGAGCCAUCGGGGAGCGGGCCGCGGAUCGAGAAUGCGUUCCGAAUGCGCUCGAGCUCAUGAUUUGGCUGCGGCAUCAAGAAGCGGAAGAAUUUGGUGAUCCGAGUGCGUAAGCUCGGUGGUGGUGUUUGGGGCGGAGGAAGAAAGGAAGGCAAGGAGGGCGGAAGGGCGGGGGUGGUCGAAUUGGCAGGAUUGUCGUGAAUGAUCACCGAGGACGAAGAGGCCGGACGAUAUGUGAGAUUGAGUUCAACUAUGAGGGAGGCUGGACAGUACACCACUCCGUGAUGUCCAUGUGAUGUCCAUGUUCGUCGCGUUUCACCACCGUAGUUUUACUCGAAGUUGGAGCGACGAGUCGAGCAGACCUCUGGUGCUGUAGACGAGAUUAUAUGGGCGUUGAACCUUGCAUGUUUAGCAAUCUGUGACGAACCUCCGCCAUCUCGUUCGCCCGUAUUGUUGUUCUCUUACCUCCUCCUCUGCUCCGCCUCUUCCCCUUUGCGCUUCGUGAGCUCGGGCCCCGUGCUGCAGUAAGCAAACAUGGGAGAUAUCUCCCAGGGUUUGUCUUACGAUCCCACGUUUGAACUCAGAUCUCCGACCCCGCAUCAUGUGGACAGGACUGCAAGUCCAAGCGGCCGGCGUAUGAGUGACAUUCACAUUCCGUCUCCGGAUCACUCUGUGAGCAUCUUGUCGUCGGAGCACUUCGAUAAAGCUGGGUUGAUAGCGGCGCAAGAGGCAGCUUUGCACGAUGCUGCGGUUCUGGAAAUGGGAUGGACGGGAGCGGAGGCCGACGGGUACGCUUUUAUGCCGGAAGGAGAACAUCCGAAGUCCCCUGCGAUCGGAAGCUUGCAGGAUUUGAAGUGCCUGAAGCCAAUCCGGCUUCGCAACAUGAAGAUCGGCAAGGUGCAUCGGGGAAGGAUUCUCAGUGGUACUCUCUGCUGCAAAUCUGUCAAAAUUUUCGCUGUAAUGAACGUGCUCGAAGAAGAAGGGACGGGAGACGCAACCAAGUUCGUUAUCUCCAAUGCAGUGCCCAGAAGCGCAACCACUGCGACGGCGCAGCGGCUCUAUCCUCUGAAUGCGCAGCUUUCUGUGCGAGAGCCGUACUUGAAGCGCUUCGCUGACGGCAUGGUCGGCAUUCUCGUCGAGAAUCCGAAUGACAUCAUUUUUAACUACUUGCCCGAUGAAUUACCGUCGCCCGUGAGCGAGCGGGAAAACCUUCUCUGGCCCGUGUACAAAGAUCACGCCGGGGACGGACCGGACACUCCCGUUUUCAACACGUACGGGAGUUUCUUGUCUUCUCCUUCACCCCUCGGAAAGAACUCUCUUAGCUCUCCCCGCACCCCAAGGAGCCCGAGGAGCUUCUUGGACGAUCCUCUUGAUGGUCUCUCAAUCAGGACGUUCAGGAAAUUCAAAAGCUUUCGCAAGCAGGACCAAGGCUCCGAGGACGGCGACGACGACGACACUAAGGACCCGGAGCCGUCUCGAUUCGCCCCGGCCAAAUCCGCCGUCGGAGACGAGGUGAGCGAUGGCAGUUCCGUGCACACAUCACCGCCUUGUGAAGGUUCUUCCGUCGAGCUGAAUUGCGCAGCUCCGGGACAUCUCGCGGUAGAUCAUGUUGAAGACGGCUGCAAAGCCGAAGGAUCUCCUAAACCCUUGGCCGGCGAGAGUUCGGGCACCGGACUUCGUCAGAUUGAUGAAUCUAAUGGACCUGCAGCCGCCAGCUCGCGCGACCCCAGUUCGAAGAUUCAAGAUGUGGACGAGCGGGACUCCAUCGCCUCUCGUUCCCAGGAAGGUGGAGUACCUACUGGCCAUAGCGUGGAUCCCGAGCUCGAGGCAACGCAUCAUGGGCUUGCUGAGGGCUCAACGAGUUACAGCCCAGAGGCGGGAGAAGUUUCCAGUCAUCAGCCUGAUGCCCUCAGCAGAGUUGAAGGAGAGGACUCUAACAAUUUGUCUCAACACCAGCAAGCUCAUGGAUACGAGACAAACGGCAUCCUGGUGUCGCAAGAUUGUUGUGAAGAUGAACCCGAACAGACGUCGAACCGUACUCGAGGAGAAGAUUCCGAUUCUAGCUCUCUUAGGACGGAUUCGACGGAUGUUUCAAAGGGUGGAGAUGCCCAGACUGAGGCUCGAGGGGAGCCAGAUGUGUAUCCAGCCCCGAUUGCCGAACUCGAGAAUGGUCACCACGCCGAAGAAGGGAAGGGAGUGAGUGCCAGUUCUGGUGAGAUUCUUGAAGAAUGCGUAGCUCCGCGCACCGAAUUUGAGAAUGGUCUCCACUCUGAACAAGGCAAGGAAAUGAUCGCUGGUUCUGGUGAAAAUGCGGAAGUAUGUGCACCUCAGCGCACCGAGAGUAUUGCUUUGGAGCCCAUAGUUACUGAGUCCGAAGAGAGUUCCAGUGCCAAUCCGGUUGGGGUUGUGGAAUUGCAGAGUGAGAGUGAGGUAGGAGUAGGUGUCGAGGAAAGCCUUGAAAAAGACGAGGCAAUUUUGGUAGGAACUUCUGAGCAGGAAAAGGUCAGGUCUUUGGUGAUAGCUUCGGAGACUCCCCAGAAUGAGGAAGUUGUGGAGUGCAAGCUCCCUGGGGAACAAUCGGUAGCAGAUUGUGCAAAGGCAGUGGUGGAUCCUUCUGUAGGGCAGACUGAUUGUUUGAAGUUAGCUAUUGAGGAUAAACUUGAGGCCAGUGUUGUCGCGACGGUGGAUUCAGGCGAGCAAGUACAUGCUAUUUCGCAAGAAGGAUCUCUACCCGGACUUCCAGCUUUCUCAGAGAAGAAGCUGAUUGAUGGAGCUUGUGUGGCAACUUCACAUCCCCCGGAAGCCAAGGGUGAGCUUCGGGAGAAUGGCAUCGUGACCGCUGCGGAAUCACAUCUUUCAUCAAACGGAAGCUGUUCCAUACCAAAUGGCGGAGAGAGAUUGGCAGCAGAGGUUGAAGCGCAUGCCAUCGAUGAAUUAUCGCAUGAAGAUUCGCCGGCUUCAGUGGAAUCGACCGAAACCUGCAAUGGUUCGGCGAAGAGCCUUCAAUCUUCAUCGGCGGGUGUCGAAGCCUCCAAGGCAGGCACGGAGUCGGACAAUGGUGUGUGUGCAUCUGAAGAAAUCCAGCACCUGCUGUCCAAUGGUUGCAGUCAACCCGCCGGUGCCUGCGAGGAAUCAGAUGCUUCAAAGGCGUCAAAGCCCAAAGAGAUCAUCGAUGCAGUGGUGGAGGAGGAACCUACUGCAGCAGCUCUUCGAAUUCGGGGGAAUCAUCGAUUCGCCCGACAAGAUUGGACCGGUGCAAUCGAACUCUACACCCGCGCAAUUCACAAAGCAGUUCAAGAAUCCAAAGAACAGAUGGCCUUGAGUAACAGAGUCAAUCAUGUGAAUGGCAACGGAGUGGAGACAGAGAUGGAGGUUGUAAUGGACUAUUCCAACAGAGCGGAAGCGUGGCUGAGGAUCCACCAUUACGAGAGGGCGUGGGCUGACGCCGAGCGAGCGCUGUCCAUCGAUCCCCACCAUCUGAAGAGCCUUUUCCGAAAGGGUAGGGCGCUUCUUGGUCUUGGAGAUUAUCAGCAGGCAUUGACUCAUCUGGAAUCUGCUUAUGCGCGUGCACCUUUCGACAAAGAUCUGCUUGCUGCCAUAAAACUGAGUCGGAUUGGUGACCACCAAAGCCGACUGGGUGUUUAUGAGCUGACUGAUUUCUAUCUCAAGGGUAGGUUCGCUGGGGAAAUUCCGACAUGUGCAGACUACGUCGGUCCGAUUCAGGUGAAAGCAGCUAGCGGGGACAAGGGUCGUGGAUUGUUCUUGACAAAGCAUGUUGAGGCUGGGGACCUGCUCCUUGUGUCUAAUCCUCUGGCCAUGUUGGAUUCGAUGAGUGCAAACAAAUGUCGAAAAAAUUCGCUUGAUUCUGGCGCGAAGGGUAGGCUUGAUCCGGAAAUCCAGGAAAAGCUCGUACUUGCAGUCCGGGAGCGAGCGAAGGUAUCCACCAAGAAUCGCCAGAGGCUGCUGGCCCUGUGUCAUGGCCCCGAUAGUGCGCAGCACGCAGUACCUUCCAUGGAUCUCUUCAUCCCGGGCAGGAGGGUAGCCCCGAUGGAGACUCUGAAUUUGGAAGAGGAGCGGAUCAACCGCUUGGUGAUGCGAAAUGCCAUCGACAGGAACAUGGUGUCGACGGCCCUCGAGAGAAGACAUGAUCCUCCUAGAACUGAUGCCGAAGAUCAUGAGGAGAGAGUUUUCUGGGGGUUGUGGGUGUUACCUUCGUUCAUCAACCAUUCGUGCAUCCCGAACGUGUCGAUGGUGGUGAUUGGAAGAGCUUUGUUCGUGUAUGCAUCUAGAGAUUUGAGUGCCGGAGAGGAGCUGCUCUGCAGCUACUUCAACGUGUUCCAGCCACUACCGCAAAGGCGAGAGAUCGCCUCAAGAUGUUGGGAUUUCACUUGUAAAUGUGCUCGCUGCUUGCUGGAAACGCGAUUCGAGUCGUCUCUGAAGAAGUUGUACUCUCUUCAUUCCCGGCUGGAGCCGAAUCCCGAGUUCGUCUUGCAAUUCUCGCCCUUCGGAUACAAGGCACCUGCAAAGGACCUCGCUAAAGAGCUGGAAGUGAUCGAAUGUUCCAAGAAACUAGAUCACCGAGAAAGAUGUUGGCUCCAAGCAUCCUUCACUCAGCUGUACACGGUAAGCAGAGACUUCUUGGGACCUCACGGAAACUACCCGUAUUUGGAGGCUGCAUUACAUGCGAUGGAAAUUGUAUGCCCAGGUAGCAACAGCACGCUAGAGGUUGGGUUACUUGUUCGAGAGACAGCCUUGAAUGAGUUCCACGGGAAGAAGUCUUUGCAGUACAAAGUUAUAAACCAGCAAGUGCUCCGGAUAUGUCAGUGCAUAUAUGGCAAGCAGAAGGCGUCUGUUUUGCAGUCUCUGGUAGAUGGCAUUCGACCCGAGGCAUCGGUUAAAACUUAAAGUGGAGUCUCCUCCCUCUCGUGUCAAGGUCAUGGUCCCGGAAGAUUCAAAAUAACGAUUCUUCUGUUCGAAUACUCCUUAACAUCAAACUAGUAUGAACGCUAAUCGAAGGAAAUGAAACCUCAAUUGGGUUCGUACAUUCCUUCAUCUAGAAUAGACACAGAAUUAGAAACUCCUGUACACUUUGAUUAUCGGCUCCAUCUCUUCAGGUGAUUCAGGCCUGGAAGAGGUUAGUUCAAUGUAAGAUGAAAUGAGACGCAUUUGUACAUUCCAAACUGGCGAAAUUCGAAGUUUGAAUACAUUUUUCACGCCGUGUCUUCGUGGUUACUGAC